AUGGCCAAGGCGAGCCCCGGCGAGGUGCGCGUCGAGGGCGUCGUGCGCGACGCGGCCGCGCGGCGGGGCUUCGCGUUCGAGCGACGCGAGGCCUUCACGCCCAAGGGCAAGGACGCGCCCGUGGAGAACUACGCGCUCGAGCCCGGCGACGGCCCGUCGAGCCGGCGGGGGUCGCGCGGUAGCCGCCCGUCCAUCUCCGAGGCGCGGGGCCUCGAGCCGUCGGAGGAGCCGGCGCUCGCGUUCGUCGACCGCGGCGGCGCGGCCGCGGCCGCGGCGCGGCUCUGCGACGCCGGCGAGGUCGUCGACGCCUUGGUCGUCGCCGGCGGCGCGGGCCAGGGCAAGACGGCGCUCCUCGAGGACGUCGCGAACCGCCUCCGCGAGGCCGGCGGGUUGGCCCUCUACGGGUCGUGCCGCGAGGACGACCGCCGCCGGCCCCUCUCCAGCGUUCGCGGCCUCGUCGCCGGCGCCGUGCGGUUCCUCCUCUACCGCGAGCGCACGCCGGAGUCCGCGACGCGGUCGCUCGUCCCGCCGCGGACCGAUUUCGACGCGGACCGCGAGCUCGCGACGACGUUCUCGAGCGUCGACAAGCUGCUGCCCCACGAGGGCGACGCGCCGCUCUGCUCGUCGCCGUUGAGCCCCGAGCAGCGGAACCGGCGGCGCCGGAGCUACGGCGACGAGCCGCCGGAUUUGGACCGGGACGCGCCGACCUUCGAGUCGCGCGCAUCGCUGGCGGAGGCGUCGCGCGACGGCGGAGCGAGUUCGCCGCCCGCGACGGCCGUGCCGCCCCUCGAGCGGGCGUCGUUCCGCUUCGACGACUCGCCGACCCGUUUGCCGUCGCCCCAGCGCCGCGCGCUCAUCGACGAGGCCGUCGAGCUCGUCGAGCGGACGCAGCGGCCGCGGCGGCGGGGCACCGUCGCGCGGCGCAUGCACGGCGAGGGCGCCGUGGGCAUCCUGGGCGCCGAGGAGGACAAGCGCGCGUCGCGCCGCGAGCGGCGGCGCAGCUGGAAGCUCGAGGAGCAGCCCUGGAUCGACGACGCGGCGCCGCUCGAGCCGCGCGUCGCGCCGCGGGGCGCCGCGGCCGCGCCGCCGGCCGCCGCGCCGACGCGGGCCCAGCUCCAGCUCGCCACGCUCGUCGAGCUCGGCCACGUGCGGGCGCGGGACGCCGCGCGGCUCUUCGACAUCUUGGAGGUCGACGAGGAGGGCGCGGACAACGACGGCGACCCGGCCGAGGCCGCGGCGGCGCGAAGGCGCGCGGCGGAGCUCGCGUUCCACGCGGCCGCGCGCGGCAAGGGCCACCUGGAGCCGCCGUCCCCGAAGACGCCGACGCGGAAGCACCGCUUCCCCGGCGCGCGCGCGCGCGCGCGGUCCGACCCGGGCUCGGGCCCCGACGACGACGACGGCGACGGCGGCGGCGACGACGGCGCGGCGAGCGCGGUCCUGGCCCUCUUCCGGCGCUGCGCGGCGCGCGCCGCGCGGGCGAGCGCGUUGCCCCUGACGCUCCUCGUCGACAACGGGCACAACCUCGACGGCGCGUCCUGCCGCCUCUUGGGCCGGCUCCGCGCGGAGACGGCCGGCGCCGCGCGCGUCGUCCUCGCGCACCGGCCCCUGGCGACGAAGCGCACGCGGGCCUUCGACGCGCUCCUGCGGGCGUUGAACGCCGACGGCGGCGGGCGCCUCGCGGCGUCGCCGCGGACCGGCCGGUCCAAGUCGACGCGGCCGUCGCCGAGCAAGCGGCCCAAGAGCGGGGUCACGAAGCUGCUCCGCGGGGGCCAGUACCGCGUCCACCCCGGCGGCGACGACGGCGAGGCGCCCAUCGCGACGGUCGAGGUCGCCCUGGGCCCGCUGUCCUUCGUCGAGAUGCGCCAGCUCGUCGGCGUCGCGGCGGAAGGGUGGCGCGCGUUCGUCGACGUCCAGUUCGCCCUCGUGGAGUUCCUGCUGGAGCGGAGCUCGGGGAACCCCUUCGUGGCCCUCGAGCUGCUCCACGAACUGCUGGAACGGCGCGUCGCGGCCGUCGACGGCGCGACGGGCGAGCUGCGGCUGUCGGGCGACGCGUCGGGCGCCGUCGGCGUGCCGGCGGCCGUCGCCGCGGCGGUGUCGGGCGCCUUCGACACGCUCGACAGCGCGUGCCAGGCCGCGCUGCGGCUGGCGGCGGCGCUGGGCCACCGCGCGGACGUCGCGUGCCUCGCCUACCUCUUCGACUACUUCUUCCCCGAGGACGCGGACGUCCGGGAGCGAGAGCAGCGGUCCGCGCUGACCUUCGAGGCGUCGCGGAGCUCGUUCGGCGACGUCUCCCGCGAGCUGCUGCGUUUAAAGUACGUCGUGGCCGACGGGAACGACGUCGUCUUCGUGAGCGAUUUGGCGCGGUCCGUGCUCUACCACCAGAUGGUCACGGCGGACCGGCGGAAGGUGCACCGCCAGAUCGUCUGCUGGCAGACGUUUCGGUUGGUCAAGAACGAGUCGUCGCCGGGUUUAGAAGGCGACGUCGCGUUCCACGCGCUCUGCAGCGACCAGCCGCUCCUCGCGUUCCACUUUUGCGUCCUCGCGUUCGGCGACGCCGUCCGCGACGGCCGCGUGGACGUCGCGCUGGGCUUCUGCGACGACUGCGCGCUGAUCUCGGAGAACCACGCGCUGCCGGCGGCGCUCUGCGCCUUCGCGCAGAUCGGGCUCAUGCGCGCGGCCGCGCGCGUCGCGGCGGGGGACUACGGCGGCGCAUUGGACGCCUUGGACGCGGUCGUCGAGGCGUCGGACUACGCGCCGCCGGCCUGCGCCUGGACGUGCUUCGCGCCGGCGUCGCCGGCCGUGCGGCGCCGGCGGCGCCACGGCGAUCUGGCCAGGGGCGCGCGCGCGCGGCCUGUCGCGCUGCCGUCCGGCGGCGCCGCGGCGGGCCCGCGCGACGACGCGGCGCUCGAGGCCUUCACGGCCGAGGCGUCGCGGGGGCCGGGCCUGAGCGCGCGGCGCCUGGGCCGCGCCGCCGACGCCCUGCGCCGGUCCCUGGAGCGGGCCAUCGCGCGCGCGGACCGCGACCGCGCGGGGCUGCGGCGCGCGUUCGCGCCGCUCCCCUCGUGCACAACUCAUCGCCCGCAACCCAAAGCACGGCCGAUGUCGGCCCUGACGAACUACGACCGCUUCGCCGGCAUCGGCGACGACGAGGAGGCGGAGGAGGCCGCGGCGCGGCCGCCGCGGCCCGUCGUGACGCGCCUCGACAACGCGUCGACGAUCACCAUCGGCGGCGGCGGCUGGUCCGCGGCGCCGACGCCGGCGCCCGCGCCGAAACCGAAGCCGGCGGGCGGCAUCGACUACAGCCGCUGGGACCAUCUCGACGACUCGGAGAGCGACGGCGAGCCCAACCGCUACAUCGAGGACGACGUCUUCCGCGAGCGGGAGGAGGAGUGGAAGGCCGAGGCCGCCGCGGCCGCGCCGACGCCCGCGCCCGUGUCGCGGGAGGUCGUCGCCGACGCGACGCUCGACGGCGGCCUGAUCCUCGACGCCGCGAGCGCGCCCGCGGUGGCCUGGGCCCAGACCGCGGACGACGUCGCGAUCCGCUUCAGGGUGGACGGCGCCGCCAAAGGCGCGGACGUGAAGCUCACCGUCGCCUACGACGGCGACGCCCGCGCCUGCGCGCUCUCCCUCGAGGCGCCGGGCGCGAGCCUUGGCGGCCUCCUCGCGCACGACGUCUGGUGCGAGGGCGACGACCGGCCGACGUUCAAGGUCUGCCUCAACGACGCGGAGGCGGCCGCGCUCAAGGAGCUCGACUGGGUCCUCGAGCCCGCGCGGGCCCCGCUCCCGGCGGGCGCCAAGUGCGUCGUGCUCUGCCUCAAGAAGCGGUCCUUCGCCGUCGACGUCGUCGCGUGGUGGCCGACGCUCUUCAGGAAGGACGCGGCGCCGGCGGGCCUCGCGCCCGAGACGCCGCGCGACACGCGGGCGCUCGCGGGCCGCGUGCGGCGCGGCGCCAAGACCGCGGGCGUCCAGGCGGCCUGGGACGGCGCCCACGCGGCCUUCCUCGACAAGGUCCAGGCCGGCCCGCCCGCGCCCGUCGACAUCGCGUAA